AGGAAGCGGAGUUGAUUCGCUGUGUUUAUUAUUGUGAAGCAGAGAGAGCUGGGAGUUACCGGUGGUGUAAACUGAUUUAUAUAGCGUUAUAUAUGGUUUAGAGCGGCUGAUUAUCUUUAUUUAAGUGUAAAAUAUUAAGGCCUCUCGGCUGCAGUGAAGAAAGGGGCAAAAUGUCGUCGGAGGAGUUUGAGAAACUUCAUGAAAUGUAUAAAUCUUUAUACGAUGAAGUGAAACUGAUUCCUGAACGAGUGCUGCGGAGCCACGGCGAAGAGAAGAAGAAGUUAGUGAGAGUGUUUGAUGAACGUCUUGGGGAGGCAGAGGAAGUGCUUCAGGGCAUGGAACAGGAACUGUUUGGUGCUCCAGCCUCCUUCAGGAACCCCAUGUCUACUAAAAUCAGGAUGUACCGCAGAGACCUGUCUAAACUGCAGAGAGACAUGCGCUCGGACACUGGCCAGGGCUUCUCCGGCCGCCCAGGAGAGGGCAGACUCGGUAUCUAUGGGCAGCAGAACGACCACAGCACCCAGCAGCAGGCCCAGAGGGCUUUGCUAAUCCAGGGCACAGAAUCGCUGAAUAAUGCCUCGCAGAGCAUCGAGCGCAGCCAGCGUCUUGCAGCUGAAACAGACCAGAUCGGCACAGAUAUCAUCGAGGAGCUGGGGGAGCAGAGAGAACAGCUGGACCGAACCAGGGACAGGUUGGUGAACACAGGAGAGAACCUGAGCCGCAGUAGGAAGAUCCUCAGAGCCAUGUCUCGACGAUUGAUGACCAAUAAGCUUCUACUGGGUGUCAUCAUUAUCAUGGAGCUGGCCAUACUGGGAGCUGUGGUCUACCUCAAAUUCUUCAAACGCUAAUCAUCAGCACUGGACAGAGAUGAACUGAAAAAAAAACUCUGAUUUUAUCUGUCUCUCUAUCUUUCUCUCAUUUCUGACAUAUUUAUCCAUCUAUCUUUCUUCGAAGAUGCAGGAUGAUAAGCAGUAAAAUGGAUCAUCCGGCCUGUACAGUACAGAACUUUGAGCUGUCCUUGUAAGGCCGGGGCUCGUGCUCUGUGCACAGGCCAUGAAAAGCCUCAUGAUGUUGGAUCACAUGGAACUGUGAAGGACUGUCUAGCUAUUUUAAGCUUUUCCUGCCUCCAAUGGUACGAACAUGGGAUUGGUGGGAGGGUGGGCGUUCGUUUGUCCUUUUGUACCUGCACUGACCAUUAUAGACACUGGAUAGAUUUAAGCAGGCUGGAUUUAUAGGUGUCCAGUUGUCCAAUCAGGCCAGAGUAUUUGCAUCAUUGUGAAAAAAAGAUGUUUUAGCUGUGCCAAUGCAUGAGUAUUUGCGCGCUCUUUUGAUUUUGGAGCUGUUACACAUGACAGAUGAACGUACAGACGGGUGAAAAAGAAGGAAUUGGUCUCUUAACUUACCUUUUGUACCUGAUUUAUUUAACAGCUUAGCUAAUAUGACAAUACAACUGACCUUUGAUUAAGAAAUUAUUUUUAAACCUGACAUAUUUAACACAUUCUGUAUUUUGCCUCUGCAUUGUGGCAAUUUAAUAUUAAAUGGGUCAUAAGUUUA